GUAUUUGUCUGCUGAACGGGUCUGGGGCUUCCGGGAGGUGAGUGUCGUGACGGCCGGGACUGGGGAGGGGGAUGGAGGUGUGCGUGCCCACGGCUGGCUCUGGGGCUGCGAUGGGACUUGAGGAGGCUGACUCCCCUUCCCGGGAUCCCAUCUCGGCGUCCUGUUACUUUUGCUGCCCUAGCGUCUCUUCUGAAGGUCGCCUUCCCGCUGCGUCUGCGCAGGAUUUAGCUUUCCAGAGUGGGGCCGGGGCCGACUGUGCCCAUUAACCCCGUGCAAAAUCAGACUCUCUGACCAUAGGAGUGUGGUCCAGCAUUGCUGGGCCAGGUAAAGUUGGGCGGGGGUCCCUGUCUUGCCGUUUGCACCUCCACUGCCCGCACUCUGCGAGUAGGGUGCCUGCCUUCCCAGUCCCCAGAUGAGGACUCAGUGUUAAAACCGAGUGGCGCUACUGCAGGAGACUUGAGGUUGGAGGAGCCUGAGUUGGGGCUAUAGGGAGGUGGAAGCCCUUUCCCCAGCCUGCAGAAAUCCCUUUCAGAGGUGGAACCCCAGUCCUGAGCAGCUGUGGCUGAGGGGCCAUCAACGUCACUGUGGGGAGCUGGAGGCUCCACCCAGGAUGGGGGAGAUGGAAGACCUUGUACAACUCCGGCUGCUCAAUCUGGAGCUGCUGAGGCAGCUGUGGGCCGGGCAGAAGGCUGUGCGGCGCUCAGUGGCCAAGGCCACCUCGGGAACCCUGCAGUCAAGCCUGUACUCCAGCAGCAGCUAUGAUUCAGAGACGCCGGUGUCCCCAGAGACUUCCUCAGCCUUCUCGGGAGCCUCCUGCUCACAGGAUAAACGUCACGUGGGGGACUCACUGGAUACCCCUCGAGGUAUUCCCCAUGAUAGGAUCAGCUCCAGGGUGGCUUCUCUCCCACCUGCCAAGUGCCAACACCCAGAGUCCCUGGAAUCGUCAAGGCCCCGCUCAGCACCCUUGCCACCUACCACGGAGCCAGUGCCUUCAGCAGGGCUGGGCCAUUUGAGGCCCCCCGAAACACAGGCUCCAAGGUCCAUGCUGGCUGGACAGAGCAAACCAUCCAAGACCAGAGUGACCUUCAGCCAGGAGUCGGCAGUGCCUGAGAGAAACUGGCGCCUCUGGCCAUACCUGGGCUACGACUGGAUUGCAGGGGCUCUGGACAGCAGCUCUCCGGUCACCAGUGAGUCCGAGACCUUCUUCUCCACACUGCAGAAGUUCCGGGAGGAAAACAAGGAAGAGUGUAUUCACGGUUACCCAGAAGCCCAGUUCCUAGGCCUCCACGAGAGCAGCGACAUGGAUGAUGACCACCAAUGUGUGUACUGCUACCGAAUCAACCGUCGCCUGUUUCCGGUGCCUGUGGAUCCUGAUGCCACCUGCCGCCUGUGCAGGACACCACGGGACCAGCGGGGCCCUGAGACCCUGCUGGAACCUGCACAGGUCAGGGUGAGCAUCCCAUUGUCGGUCCUGGAUCCCCCACACCGGUACCGGAUCCACCGGCGGAAGAGCUUUGACGCCUCUGACACGCUGGCCCUGCCCCGGCACUGUCUGCUAGGCUGGGAUGUCUUUCCUCCCAAGUCUGAGAAAAGUUCAGCCCCCAAGAGCCUGGAUCUCUGGUCCUCAGUCUCCUCCGAGGCCCAGCACCGGAAGCUGCUGGCUUCUAGCCCUUCCUGCCUGGCCUUGCCAGCGCGGGUGCUACCCCCUGCCCCAAUCUGGUCAGAACCCCAGCUCCCCCAGCCCCAUGCCCCCCCCAGCAGAAGCCCUGAGGACAGUGCUCAAAGGAAGACGGUGCUCCUGCCAGGUUGUACCCUCCCCUCAGCAGGCAGCACCCACAGGAGCCCUUCCAGCCUCAGGUGGAGGUAGCAAGGGCCCCGCUGUCCUCUGUGGUUCAGAGAGGGGGAUUCUGGGGUAGAAGGUGAGGAGAUUCUGUGAUGAGCCUGUAAAUAAAGCCCAGUGCUAUGCAGCUUCUGUGCCCAUGCGUGCCUUUCUGUCCUGUUGCAGCCCUUGGUGCCCAGGUGACCUGGCCUCAGCCAAGUCUCCCCUCCCCUAAGGAAAGACACUGCCACCUGGCUGUGGGCAUCCAUCACUGUGACUUUCUGAGCUCUUUCUGUAGCUCCCAGCUCUGAGUAGAUGGCUCCCAGCCAGAUCUGUGGGUAUGGGGGCCCCCAAGACAGGCUGGGGUCAAGGUCUUAGGUAAAGCUGCAUGUGGUAUGGUGGUAAGUGAAUGAGUUCUACCCUUCCUCUUGGUCCCCAAAGCCAAGAUCCAUCAGCAAAAGUACUUUCCUGGUCCGUGGGCCAGGUGGCUUCCACAUGCCACCUCUACCCUCUCCUGGAAGCCAUGGGGGAUACAGAAAGAACCCCAGGAGGGGAGGUGGGGGAACAGGCCGAGCAGUAUGUCAGAGGCAGGUUUGGCAGACCCCAGAUGUCCCCUGUGGGAUGAAUUAAUAAGCAGCCCCCUGUUUUGCCCCAUCCCUUGUUUGCAUUAGGUUGAAUAAUACACAUUUCUGGUUUUGUAGGACAAAAAUGGGAU